GUAUAAUACUCAAGUACUACUUAUUUGUUCAAAAUUCUGUUAAUUGUCGCAUUUUGUUCGCACUUCUGAGAAUAUAGGAUCGAUCAUCGGGCCAGCGGGUUAUCACAACGAUACUGAACUAAAGCUAAAUAAAUGGUCGCCCACAACCCGUGCAAUGUCAGUGCGCUAAAGUUUUCACUGUAGUGUGGAUCGAAACAGUUUUUUAAUAUAGCCCACACCUCUACGUUUGCACUAUCAAAAUGAGGCUCCUCAUUAUAAUAGCCUCAUUUUGGGCGCUAGUGGCUUCCAAGCCCGAAAUGUACAAAGAGAAAGAGGACUUCCAAUUCUCAAGAAGUUCGUCGGACGAUGGAACCAAAUCAGGGUACUACGGAGCACAGAGGGGUAACAUGGGGGGUAACUACGAAAGGGCCCACAACAUGGACUCGUUAGCGCAGCAUCAAAUGAGCACACUCGUCCGAAACGUUGACGGGGAACUAGGAGAAGGCGCAAAUACGAGAACAGGAAGUGUCUACACCGCUGCGAACUCAAGAGGUCUUUACGGAUCAGGCAACUACGAUUUAAGCAACCUCAGAGGAAGGAACUUCGGAGAAGGCACGAGUUAUGUAGAUUUGACGCACUUCAACAAUUUAGGCCAUUCAGGUCAUACAGACUUCGAUGCCCUAUACUCAGCAGCUAACAAUGCAAGAUACAGCAACAGUCAAUCGCAUAGUUCUGGACUCAGUUCUGGAUUCCAAACGUCGGGAUCGCACACUUCUGGACUUAGUUCGGGAUAUCACACGUCAAGAUCACAGGCUUCUGGGCUUAGCUCGGGAUACCAAACGUCAGGGUCGCAGGCUUCUGGACUCAGUUCGGGAUACCAAACGUCAGGAGCACUCACUGGACUUAACUCUGCAUACCAAACGUCAGGUCUCGCGUCACAAUAUUUGCAGUCUGGCGCGCAACAUGGUGUAGACAAUACUUAUGAUGCCAGCAACUAUGAGCGUGACAGUCAUAGUGGAAGCAACUUUAAAUAUGUUCAAAGUAGUAGCUCAGCGCGAUCUGACUCCGAAAACAGUAACAGUGGCAGUGGUUACGAUUAUAAAACCAGUACUCAUUUGCUACACGCUACACCAGUCAGAGUGUAUAUAACACCUGGCAGUAGAGUGGCAAUACCAGUAGCGGCUCAAGUUUAUGACGCGUCUGCUGUUCAUGGACAGAAUGCAGUAAACACUGAUUCAGAAAUUCUAAGCACAAAUGGACAGCGAAUAAAUUACAAACCCUCAAAUAAUGCAAAACAUUACGAAUCUUCUUACAGUUACCGUAAAGAAUGGCAAAAACAAGACUCUGUACCUGCAGUUGCAAUAGUUCCAACGGAAAGUCCAUUUGCAAGUAACAGUGAACUAUACGAGGAUGCACAAUCUCUUCAAACAGCCAACAAUGAGCAAGAAAGCGAACUAGCAUCUGCUAGUAGUCAAUCGAGCAGGGCCAAUAGCGCUUAUUCAAGUGGGUAUAGUGCCAACACAAAGAGUCAAUUAUCUAGUCAAUUAUAUAAUUCUGGGGCCAGUGCAUCAGAUGCGUACAGCCACAAAGCGUAUGGUGCCAAUUUGUAUGGAUCUCAUAUUUCAGAUGGUACACUUAAUUCAAACAAGCUCGUUGAAGACAUCGCUUCUAGACCAAAAAGCUAUCACUCUUCAUAUUCGUACCACAAAUCAUGGGAAAGGCGUGGUGAUCCAUACGUAAUAAAGCCAGUAAGCGAUGUUACCGAACAAAACAGUCGCCUAAGACGAUCAUUAAACACAAAUGAAUAUCAACAAAGUGAAAAUUUAAAUGAUGGACAGGAGGAUCUGGGUCAGCAAACUGACAGUAGAUGGCAAAACUUAGCAGAUGCUGGACAAGAAACACAAAAUAAAUGGGACGAUUUAGAAAGUUUUAAUCAACAAACGCAAAGCCAGUUGGGCAAUCUGGAAGACUUAGGUCAACAAACACAGAAUCAAUGGGACAAGUUAGAAGAUUUAGGUCAACAAACUCAAAAUCAAUGGGGCCAAUCAGAAGACUUAAGUCAACAACCCCAGUCUCAAGAUAGAUUAGAAAAUUUAGGCCAAGAAACUCAAAACCAAUGGGGACAGUUAGAAGACUUAAGAAUUAAGAAACCCCGGUCUCAAGAUAAUCUAGAAGAUUUAAGUCAACAAACACAGAAUCAAUGGGACAAGUUAGAAAAUUUAGGUCAACAAACUCUAAAUCAAGGUAGCAAUUUAGAAGGUUUAAGUCAACAAACACAAGACCAAUGGAAUAAAUUAGAGGAUUUAAGCCAGCAUACACAAUCACAGGAUAAAAUAGCAGAGUUAGGGCAACAAAUUCAAAAUCAAUGGGGCCAAUUAGAAGAUUUAAGUCAACAAACUCAGUCUCAAGAUGCAUUACAAAAUUUAGGACAGCAAGCUCAAAACCAAUGGGGACAUUUAGAAGACUUAAGCCAGCAACCUCAAUCUCAAGAUAAACUAGAAGACUUAGGUCAGCAAACACAGAAUCAGUGGGACAAGUUAGAAAAUUUAGGUCAACAAACUCAGAAUCAGUGGGGCCAAUCGGAAGACUUAAGUCAACAAUCACAAAACGAAUGGAAUAAGUUGGAGAAUUUAAAUCAACAACCUCAAACUCAGGAUAAACUAGAAGAAGUCGCUCAACAAUCACAAUCUCAUUGGGGUAAACUAGAAGAUUUAGGUCAACAGGCCCAAAAUCAAUGGACCGACUUAGGGGGAUUUACUCAACAAACACAGUCUGAAUGGGGCCAACAAGAAGACAAAACUCAACAAUCACAAAGUCAGGACAAAGUAGAAGAUGUAGGUCAACAAAUCCAAUCUCAUUGGGGCAAAUUGGAACAAUUUGGUCAAAACGCUCAAAACCAAUGGGAUUUAAGUCAGCAAACACAACCUCAAUGGGGUAAUUUUGACGAUUUAAGACAACAGUCACAGUCUCCUUGGGGAAAACUAGAAAAUGUAGGUCAUCAAACCCAAAAUCAAUGGAAUAACUGGGCAGAAUCACAGAGCCAGCAUAGAUUUGAGGAUUUCGGUCAACAAACACAGUCUCACUGGGAUAAACUAGGAAAUUUAGAUCAAAAUACACAAAAUAUGUGGAACUACCUAAAUAAGCAAGAAAAUUUGGGACACCAUGCAUGGAAUGUAGCAAAUUUUGGUCAAGAUAUGGAAAACACCUAUGGAGGACAUCAGUUUUAUGGACCGUGGACUACAGAUGACAGAUUUGUUCCUUUUAUAAACAAUGGAGAUAUUCCACACUCACCAUAUUAUCAUUCACAGAUAUCACAAAAUAAUAACAGGUGGAUCUGUCGUUAUCCUGGACAUGGAAGUUAUUUCCAUAAUCAUAAUUUUGAUGGAAGUGAAACAGCAACAGAAUCAAAUAUUCCAUUUAAUACUCAACAAGCCAAUCCGGUGAUACCAAUAGAAAAUACAGCACAUAACGAAGAUAAGUUGCCUAAGGAUGAUACAAACAUACAAAGCGAAACUACUACGAUGAAGUAUGUAACAGUACAAGUCCAAACACCAGACCCUAAAUCUCAAGAUACUACAAAAACAGAUAAAUCUCCACCUGAAUCUAAUAAAAAUCCUAUUGAUGUUGGACGUGGGGACAUCGGUCCGGAAGAUUCUUCAAUUGAAACAACUAUAACUGAAAAAAGCAAUUCUGAAACACCAGAAGAAAUAGUACCUUUAAGUUUGACUAAAAACCAAAGAGCUAUGUCAGUAAAACCUUUAAAUUUAAGUGUAACAGGCAUUAAUCCACAAAAUGAGGCGAAUACACAAAAUGUUCGGAAUGACGUUAGCACAAUUAUAGAACCAAUAACAAAUUCUACUGCCGAUCCAAAGCACAGUCUUGAGAAUGAUAACAUAAAUUUAAUUUCAGUACCAGAAGAUCCUACCCAAAAAUUCAAGUUACCGAGUUCAUUAAAUAAUCCUGUAAUUGAAAAACAGAUUGGUAGUAUACCAAUGACUGCUAGUUAUGAACCACGACAGGAAACGUCAACAGUGGUAUUAGAAAAUAUUGAACAGCAAAAACAGACACAGAGCUUGGACCAGCAAAACAUGGGUCCAUAUUUGAAGCCUAAUGAAGAACAAAAUAUAGAACAACAUUUAGAUCCUUUAGAGCCACAAAAAGUUGCACAGAAUUUAUUAUCUGUUGGACAACCAAAUGUCGAGCAACCUAUAGAAGAACAACAAAUAACUCAACAGUUAAACAACUUUGAAAAGCAAAAUUGGGGUCAAGAACCACAUAACUUUAACCAGCAAAAUAUAGAACAGUAUUUGGAGCCUUUUAAUCAACAAAGUAUGAAUCAACAUCAUGAGCCUAUUGUGGCACAAAAAGAUGCACAGAAUUUAGAAUCUGUUAGACAGCCAAAUAUAGAGCAACCUUCAGAGCCUUUAGAAGAACAACAAAUAACUCAUCAGUUAAACAACUUUGAACAGCAAAAUUGGGGUCAAAAAACACAAAGCCAGCAAAACAUGGAAAAAAAUUUACAGCCCUCUGGACAAGAAAAUAUUGGUCAACAAUUGGAAUCUCUUGAAAAACAAAAUCUAGAGCAAUUACAGACUAAUAACAAUCCACAAUUAGAAAACUUUGCCCCAACAGAUAGUAGACAACUAGACAUUCCAGAAAAAAAUCCUACAGCUUUCAUUGCACAUGAUGAUUUUGGGCCAUUGUUCAAAGAACAUACUGAUAAAAAUACUGAACCCUAUUUAGAACCAACAACAAUUAAAACAAGCCCUCAAACAAAUGAUCAAGAACAAAAUAAAGAACUCUCAAGAAACACUGAAGCUCCUUCAACUCUUGUAGAACGAACUACUGAAAAACAAGGAUUUUGGGGAUCAAUAUGGAAAAAAACGAAAGGUGCUAAGGAUACCAUAGUAUCAUGGUUUCAAAGUUAACUAGCUUGUUUACAAUUAUCAUAGAUUAAUUUAUAAUUUAUUGUUUUGUUUAAUAUUUAUGGAAUCAAUAAGAGUAAAAAUUGAAUUUGCUUACAUCAGGUAAAGAAUGAAAGUAUUUAACAAAUGCUUGUUGCUGUACUGAAUCUGAAACAAAUAAAAAUGCAAAUUUAAUUUAAAUGUA